GAUGCCGAAGAAGAAGAAGCGGAACACUGCCCACCGCGGCGGCGGCGGUGGCGGCUCAGGGGCAGCUGCAGCCACGGAGACCACGGCAGGUGGCCAGCAUCGAAAUAUUCAACCUUUCAGUGACGAGGAUGCAUCGAUCGAAACCAUGAGCCACUGCAGUGGUUACAGCGAUCCUUCCAGCUUUGCUGAAGACGGACCAGAAGUUCUGGAUGAAGAAGGGGCGCAAGAAGACUGGGAGUACAAGCUGAAGGGCUUCAUGGACCUGACCCUGGAUAAGAGCGCCGAGACCAGGCAGGCGGCCCUCGAGGGCCUGCGGAGCGCCCUGGCUUGCAAGCUGCUCUCCGAGUUCCUCCUGGAAAGAAGGAUGACUCUGACCGACAGCAUGGAGCGCUGCCUGAAGAAAGGGAAGAGCGACGAGCAGCGCGCAGCCGCAGCCCUGGCGUCUGUCCUCUGUGUUCAGCUGGGCCCCGGGAUCGGAAGUGAAGAGGUUCUGAAGACCCUGGGACCGAUCCUGAAGAAAAUCAUUUGCGACGGAACAGCUAGCAUCCAGGCGCGGCAAACAUGUGCCACGUGCUUUGGCAUUUGCUGUUUCGUGGCCACGGAGGACAUCACUGAGCUGUACGCGGCCCUGGACUGCCUGGAGGGCCUCUCCUCCAAGGCCGGCCUCAAGGAGAAGGACGCCCUGGUCCUCGGCAGCGGCCCCAGCAGCGGGCUCCCCGGCAGCGCGCUCCUGGCCUGGGAGCUGCUGCUCACCCUCUGCCCCGCCAGCGAGCUGAGGAAGCGGCUGGAGACGCAUUUCCAUAAGCUCCCGAGCCUCCUGUCUUCGCGGCAAACAUCCUCCUGUCUUCGGACGGACGACGUGAACUUGAGGAUCGCGGCCGGGGAGACGCUGGCGCUGCUGUUGGAACUGGCCCGGGGCAUGGAGAGCAACUUCCUUUACGAGGACAUGGAGUCCCUGACCGAGCUGCUGAGGGCCCUGGCGACUGACGGCAGUAAGCACCGGGCCAAAGGGGACGAGCGGAAGCAGCGGUCGGUGUUCAGGGACGUGGUGCGGGCCGUGGAGGAUCGGGAUUUUCCGACGGAAACGGUGAAGUUUGGUCCUGAGCGCAUGCACAUCUACUGCUGGGUCAAGAAGCACCCCUACGACACGUUCAGGGAGGUCCUGGGCUCCGCCUGCAGUACCACCUCCGGCGAACGAAUCUCUUCGCCCGUGUUCGAACUGGGGCCGCCGGUGAUGCUCGCUGCUGCAACACCGAAAACGAUGAAGAUCUCCCGCUUCGAAAGGCGUUUAUGUAAUUCCGCAGCCUUCAAAGCCCGAACAAAAGCUCGGAGCAAAUGUCGCGACAAGAGAGCAGAUGUGGGCGAGUUCUUCUAGAUUCACACGCGAAGGCGACUUCCUGGUCCCCAGUUCCUUCUUUUGUAAUUUCUCAUGUAUUUAAACUCUGUAGACAGUUUUUAUCGUGGGUCACCCUAGAUAGCUUUUGUAGCAGGGGUUCGAUUACUUAUAAUUUAAUGUAUAGAUUGCAACUGUGAGUUCUGAUUAUGGACUUUUCUCUGUAACUAUCAGUAAACCAUGAAGAAGGUGAAAAAAAAA